ACAGUGAAUCAACAAGCCACGAGUAAACAGGAGAAACGGCCGGAGAGUCUCCGUUCGUAGGCCUGUUGCAGUUUCAGUUGGCCUACAGCCGCCGUGGAGAAAGGUUCGAGACAGGAGCCAGUUCCAGUUUACCUUUCGGUUUCGUGAUCAACCACAUCAGCUGUUGAACGUACAUGGGGUUCAGUUUCGGUUUUCGUCGAUGUUGUGUGGUCUAGUGUGUAAAGUGGGGCUAAAAAUGUAGUUUCAGUUUGGAAGCUCGUUGCACGUGUGUGUUCAAGUGUGAAAACUCUGCUGAUGUUUUAGUUUCAAACUAGACAUUGUAACAAUUUUAGUUUCCGUUUUACGUCGUAUGCUGUAGAAAGCAUAUUUUUAGUUUUUACAGUUCAGUUUUUGUUGCAAGUUGUGAAUUCUACUACAAAAACUGCUGCUUUUCCAAGAAACUCAAACUGUUCUAGUUUUAAACUGUAACAACUCUGUUACGUUUCACGUUGAAUGCGAAAAGUGUGAUAACAAAGGACCCAUUUUCAGUGCUCGUUUCCAGUUCUAAAUUUGUUGAGAACGUAGACAUUUUCAUUUUUGGUUCAGUUUCGGUUGCAUGCCGCCUGUUCCAGUGCAAUAACAGCUGGUGACCGAAUAGCAACGUUCCCGGAAAUUUCGAUGAUGAAUCAGUCAAAACUGUUCUGUGUAGGCUACGAGUGAGAGCUAACCAACCUAUCGUGAAUGUCGACUGAACAGUGGGCAAUAUUCGGAUUGUGUGAACAUUUUAUUAGUUUCCCAAAAUUUUUAAAAUACGGCGAAAAUUUGACCAUGUGUGUUGUGCUGAGUGGAAAUUGGGCACAUUAUUUUAUGGAAUAUUGAUUUCAAGUUAGUUAGUUGAACCCUAUAGAGUAUAAUUUCAAACGUGAUUGAAAAUUCGUAACAGCUAAAAAGUAGACUAUAUACUUUUUAUGAACAACCUAGCAUUGACAUUGAAUUGCGUGAUAUGGUGAAACGUUUUUUAACACCCAACAAUCAUUAUUGUGAAUUAUUAUAAACUGAGUGCUUGACUAAUGUUGGCAGAAUUUCAGAUUCAAAUACAAUUACACUUACACAUCUCCAAUAUAUGCAGUUCAUUGACAAAAAUAUACUAUUUAUUACAAUAGUGAGAUUCUAUAAAGUUCGAAAAAUAGUUCAGUAACAUUUUAGUUUCUUUUAUUUUUGUUUGAAAGUGAAGCUUAGAAUUUAAGUGAGAAGCAUCACAGACAAGUAAUUAUUUCUCUUUUGGUCGUGAACCUUUGGGAAAAAAGAGUGACUGAUUACCCUAUUCAACCUUAAUAUUGUUCUUCGAUUUCUAUCUAUACCCUAAAGUGAUUCAGUGUUUAAAGCUGUCACGUGUUCGUCUUCGAGAAUAUAUUCUCACGUUCUCCCAGCUGUAAUAGAUUUCGUUUUUGACCAAUCAGAGUCCAUUAAUGUUGCACCAUGACCGAUUUCUCAGAGCAACGCAGCUGCAUAAAACUGUGCUUUGAGCUGGGAAAGUCAGCCACGGAAACAUUGGGUGUACUGCGAUCGAUUUACGGCGAAAACGCGCUCUGUCGCUCCAAAACGUUCCACUGGUACUCGAGGUUUCGAGAUGGCCAGAUACCCACUGGGAAACCUGUUGCUUCUAAAGAUUCCACACCUUCUGACAAUGCCACAUUGAAACCUAAUGCGAGAAAACGGAGGAAAAACUCCUUGGAAAACCCGGAGGCACCCCACAACAUCCAUUUUGAAGCGAUCGAAGCUCAGCUGAACUAUGUGAAAAUGUUGAUGAGACUGGGGAAAUCCCCUUCGGAGACCUACACAUGUAUGCAGGCACUGUUUGGUCCCAACUCUAUCAGUCGAAUAGAUCUGCUGCAGUUGUUCCUGAAGUUGGAGGCUGAGGACAAGUUAGCCAACACAAUUCUACCUCCAAUCAUCAAACCUCCCACGAAAAGACAACGGACCUCUCUACCUGCAACUCAAACAGUUCGUGAAUCGGAAACAAAACCAGCGACAAAACGUCUCUCUCAAUCCAGAGUGGAUCUGAUGACUGGAGGGAGUUUCUGGCAGGCCCCUUACAAUGACGAGAAGGAAAAUACGAGUUUGACUGAGAAUCAGGUGUGUUUCAUGGAUCAUUUCAUGUUGUCGGGGGACUCGAAUAGGGACAGUUUCAAAAUAAUGCUGCCGAAAAAUGGUGGAGACGGUUAUCAGGAUGAUGUCUACGUUAACGGAGUUGACAGAUUUGUGCCUUUGCCGGUACCUGUUGAAAACUUGAACAGGAUGCAUGUGAUGGACGGUGACUGUUCGAAAGCGGAUAUCGUGGCCGAGAAAGCGCCGCAGCUGCAGCUGGAUUCACCAGCUGCCGAGGCUGCAGCCAACGGCCACGAUGCAGUCGUCGAGCAAGUCGUCAAACCGUCACUCAAAGAGGUCGUGACAAUGAAAGAGCCACCUCAACUAAAAGACACCGACCCUGCAACCGGGGAAGUCGCAGAGAGUGAAAAUGACACUUCGAAAAGUAAUGGUGAGGCUUUAGAGGAGGAUAAAGGACCUGUAGUGAACGGUAGUGACUCCGCGUUAGUGACAAGUGACGAAAAACCGGCGGAAAAUAGUAGUGAUAGUGACGCAAUACUAGUGAACGGUGAUAGUAACGUUGCGGAUGACGAAAACGGGGUUGAAAAAAUGGUUGUCGACGAAGAGAAAGAAGAACCAAAGCUUGAGAAUGGAGUUGGUGACGCACCGAUGUCAACUGAGGAGGAGGUUGUUAAAAUGGUGGAGGACAGUGCGGUGAAGAAGGAGGAAGAGGAGGAAGAGUGUGUAGAAAAGGAGGAGGAUGUAGUAGAGAAGGAUGUGGCGGAGGAGGUGAAGAAAGUAGUGGCGAAAGAGGAGGAGGAGAAGAAGGAGGAAGAGGAACAGACUAGUGAGGCGUCGUCGAAGAAGGAGGAGACAAGGGCAGAGGAGAGAGGAGGAACAGCUGUGAGUGAGGAGGACGAGGAAAGGACAAACGUCACCAGUAGUCAGAGUCGGAAAAGACGGCUUGCUGACACGAAUGGGGAAGCGGAGAAUUGUGAUAACGAAGCUGAGGGUGAAGCAGAAAUGGAAGGCGAAGCAGAGGGAGAAGGAGAAGUGGAAGGAGAGGGAAGCAGUAGUGAUAGCGAAUCGGGGACCAAGAGACAGCGGGUGGAGGUGGAAGGGGAAGAUGAAAGAGAAAGACUAGUGCGAGAGUACGUGGAGCGAUGCACGCAGAGCGUAGAGGAGAUGAGUCGUAACGCGGACAAGCUGCAACGCGAGAUCGGUGCACUAGGUGAAUUGGCGCGCGCCAAGGAGCUCGAAUGGAACUCCAUUCUGCGCCUGCGCAAACUCAAGGAGGAAAUGCUGGAGCGGCUGUUGCGACGCAGACGGCAGACCAUGAUGUUGGCCGACAAUGGACUCGCUCACGACUGGGCCACUGACUUCAAUAAGUCCAAAGUGAGUGAGACGACAAAAGCUAAUUCUAACAACCACCUGAUGAUGGUCCCCAUUGUCUCAUCGAGCCCCGGCAACAACAACACUAGCCUAGGGAGCACCGGUUCAGGGGGCGCCAUGUCACGUGCGGCCGCCGCCAUCUUGUCGCAGUCGCCCGACACAACUCGCCUCGCUCGCCUGCAGCAGCGGCCCAUCCUGCCCAAGCCUGCGUCGGCUGCGGCUGCAGCUGCGGCAGCUGCGGCGCAUCUCAUCGACCAGCAGAACACGGUGAUCGGCGAGGGACGCCAGGGGCCCAUUCUCGAUGUCAAGUCCAUCAUUGCCGACUAUAGUGGGUACAGGUCGAGACACCCGGCAGACAACGUGCCUCGCCGGGGGCGGCGCAUGAAGCCCGGGGCAGUUGGUGUGGGGGCAGUGGGGUCAGUGACCUCUACCCACCGCAUUACCGGCAGUCCAGCCCUCAUGAGUAUGGCCAAUAUGGCCCUCUGCUCCGGCGCACAUAUACGCAACAACGCGCAGGAUUGCGGCACUGGCCAAGAAAACUCGCGGCCCUCGAGUACCGACUCGACCCGCAGUGCUAACAUGCAGUCUGAGAGCACCGCCUCCAACACCACCACCCUUCCCGCCCCCGGCCUCAACUUCAAAGACGUGCUAGUCCAGUUCGCCAAGAUGAGCCAACCGCCCGCCGCUGUGACGUCACUGCUCCCCAGCCACCACCCCUCCAAGACCCACCCCCAUCCGCCGCCUCCCUACCCCGAGGUCACUCUCCAUCCGGUUCCCGCCCCCCAGUCUCACAACUCUCCCUCGCCGCCUACCUCCACCUCGCACACUUCUUCGCUGCUGCAUGGCAUCCUCACCAAGUCGGCCACUAACCCGGCUCACAACCAGGGUGCGGGCAGUGCUUCCUCCACCACUACUUCCUCGGCGAGUCAUCGUCCGACCACCUUCUCACCCACCCUGGCUCGCCUCCUGACCGCCCCCGAGCGGGAGAGGGGUGGAGGUGGGGGCAGUGUUGCCACCUCCCAUCAUAUGUCCGCCUCCGCUGUCAACGCUAGUCAUUUCCGGCCCCCCGUCAGUCGGGUCUCAAUCAGUGAUCUGCUCACUACUUCCAAGAAAACAAGAAAUGAAAUUACCAUUACUCCAGUAUCUGCACAUUCUUCACAUCCUAAAUCCAAAGAUGGUGUGGUUCUUCUUGAGGACGACCCUGAGGAAACAGACAGCACCGAUCGACUGGUCAUCGACGAGAGUGCUGGGGGGGUCGACCAGAAGGAGGGCGCCGAAGGAGAGGGAGGUGGCGAGGGAGAGGGUGAGUCAGUGCCCGAAUGCCAGGGCUGCCAACAGCGCGCUGCGCAGUUUGUGUGCGCAGGCUGCGGCAACCAGUGGUACUGCAGUCGCGAGUGUCAGGUGACAGCCUGGGAAGAGCAUUCGGAGAUGUGUUCUGGUUGAAUAAGUUACUAAAACCCAAGAAUCAGGUGCCAAAAGAUCUCAAUGAUAAGAGGCUUCCAAAGCUUCAUCAAUGAAAACGACCGAUAAAGGCAGUUAGAAAUCCUAGAUAAGCCUUCAACAAGUUUAAUCAUUUGUUACCACCCUCGUUUCCUACCGGACUUGUAAUUUGUAAUUGUGCUUUAUAGAAUACAAGUUGUGAAUUUAAUUUUAGAAAUAUUGGGCAAACUUCGUGUUUCAAUAAAAAAUGUAUAAUAAUUUUCGAAUAAUUACUGAAAUUUGGAGAUAGUAAUAGAUAUUUUGUUAUUAUAAGUGUUUGUAGUAUCUUGGGAAAUCUGCAUAUUGUAGAACUACCAUCUUUCAACGAAAUGCAAUGCAGUGAAAAUCUAUUUUCACUUUGAAAAGUUGAUAUUCAUUAUUUUUCAUUGUUUGCGAGAAUAUUUUCUCAAGUGUUUCUUCCAUCGUUGUAUUUUCUUGUUGUAUUUAUAUUCUCCAUUUUUAUACGUCUCAAAUAGGAGAGGUGUUGCUCUACAAUAACUGUAUUUGAUGUACCUAUCUAAGAAGAAGAUUAUAUACUUUGAAUAUAUUAGCCCAUUUACCUCCAAGUAUCCUCAAAUUCAAUAAAAUUGUAUUCAAAAAGCUAUUAUCAGUUUGUUUAGGUACACUUGGUAGAUAAUUAUGAUAUGCUUCAUUAUUUCAUAACUGUUAAAGAAGAAUAAACUCUCUCAUUUUAUUAUCUACAUGGUUAUCAAAUGAAUGAAUGAUUCCUACAAGGUGUGGAAUUAAACAUAUUUUCAUGGACCAAUAUAUUAUUGUAAGCAUCCUCUUAUGAGUCCAUUUAGAUGUCUUGGGGAACCGAACUAGACAAAAUUUCAUUUUUUCCUACUAGAUUCACUUUUACUUGUUGAUCUAGGCUACUUUUUAUAUCAGCCUUAUCGUAUUGAAUUUUCUUUGUUUUGGACGUGUUCUUUUUGUAAUUUUUUUUAGAAGAAUGAUGCUUUGAUCCUUUUGAUAUUUUACUAUUCUAAGCAUUAUGUAUAUUAAGAACAUGACGAUUCAAUAUGAGUAGCCUAUAUGAGAACAUUUGAAAAAUUGUGAUUCAUCAUUAUAUUAAGUGUGAAACUUAAUAAAUAAAUCCUAAUUCAAUUACUGAGAUGCUUGACCAUAGAUGAAGAGGUCACUGACCCUUAAACCAGCAAUUACAAAUUUAAAAUUGGAAUUUUGAUAUUAAAUUAUAGUCAGAGAUAUUAUUUUUCAAUAAUUCAGUUCAAAGGAUUAUGAUAUAAUUUAAUAUUUAUGUGAAUGUGCCGCGAUUUAUUAUUGAUUUAUUAAGGAGGCAUACUCCUUUUUGCAUUUUGACUUCAAGAGAACUGUCCAUUCUUUCAGAAUAUUAGUUCCAAAUAAUUUUUACAUCUUAUCGUUCUUUACAAAUGUAUGCAAUUGAUGAAUGUAUUGAAGUUUGCCCACCCUUACUCUCUAAGUGUCCUCAGACUACAGAAUACAGUCCACUAUUCUACCAGAAAGAUUGAUAGUAUUCCAGAAUGUAUGAUUAUUUCGAUUUGUUUAGAUUAUGCUAUAAUUUUAUUUUAUCGGAUAGCGAUAGAGUAAUAUAGUGUUCUGUAAUUUAUUAUUACCACCUUACUU